CCCUCUCCCUGCGAAAACGCUGCGAAAUGGGACGAGAAGGACACUGGCUCCGGUUACGCCGAGAAAUAAUAUGCCCAUCUUCAACUUCAAUAAGAUUGUGGACGGGGUGCUGCCGAGACAAGGGAGGAGUUUGAGGCCUCUGAAGGAGAAGAUGGUUGGGCGGCUGGAUUGUGAAUGGGUGGGUGGCUACACUUCACGUGUGCGGUCGGUGCCUUUGAUUGAAAGGAAUGGGUCUUCAUCAGUUACGAGCGGCGGAGCUCUCUGUUCCUAUGGAAGUGAACAGGAAAUCGAAUUCGAUAUCGGCGAUACCCAUACCCUCUAUUGUAAGGAGAAUGCCAGUAUUGGGCAAUAUACCAGAUGAGAUCACGCCGGAAGGGUACUUUCGGAUUUUUACCGAGAUGAAAACGGUGGAGACGGUGGACGUGAAGAAAGACGGACAUCACCUGGCGCGCCUGUUACCCCAUCGAUAUACCAAGAAGAUGCCCUUCUACGGAUCAAGUCCCCGUCUGCUUAUGAUGGCGAAACAGCAGACACCCUUCAAGACACCAGCACCGGUCGAGCGCUCGCCACCCUCGAUGUUCACUCCAGCGCGGCCCGACGCGAUUCAAGCCAACAAGCAAAUUGUAGGGAAGCCCCGGAGGCUGUUGCCUCCGCUGCGAAAAGAACGCCCGCGGCCAAAACCUCUAGCGAAGUCCAUCCCACACACCCCAGUACCGCCUCCUGCAACUUCAGUCGAAAUCCCACCGACACCGCCCCUCGAGGCCGCCGUCGAGGCCGCCGUCGAGGAUCCACCACCGCCACCGGUCGUGAGAAGGCGAAGUUCAAUAAAACCUAAAAGGAAACGAAAAGAGUCCAAAGCAGUCAUUGUCCUGCAUGCGAAUCCGGAAGUCGCGGAGGAGCUUGCAACGACGCCGCCUCCAGAACCUGCCGAACAGCUCAUCUCUGCAGCACCACUCGAAAUGGAUCCGCAAGGAGCCACGGCCGCUUUAGCUGAGUCAGACAUCGCGGCUUGGGCGACCGAACCAGCACCACAGCCGACAACGACAGAUACAUCCCUUCCUACGUCAGAUCCUACAACGAAAGACAAAGUAGCACCCUACAAACCUCGCCGCCCAACACCCCCACGCCAUGUCAGCACGAACCUCCCUUCUCUUGACAAAGGCGAAGCUUCACCACCUGAGGACCCGACAAAAGAGGAAACAGACGUGAUGCCCGCUGAGGCUGGACGUUCUGUGGACCCAGCGGCGGAUCUGGCGGCCAAAAAGGCGCGCAUGGCGCAGUUUGCGGGAAGGAACCAUAAACCUGGCGGUGAGGGUGGGGCAGAGAGUAGAAGGCAAAGCGUGGCGGCGGGUAUGCCAGGCGCUAGGAGGAUGAGCGUCAUGAAGCCGGCCAUCGAUAUGGAGACCAUGCGUCGCCGACGAUUGAACAAGGAUGCGCCACAUAGGCAAGGGUUGGAGAAGGAAAAGGAUGACUUCCUCACAUCGCUCCUUAACGACAUGAACGUUCUCGACGACGAAGCCAAGAAGCGCUACAUCCGCCUAACAGAUCCAUUCUUUAAGGGAGCCGAUCGAGAAUUGAUAAGUGUCGAGGAGCUGGGGGUCGAGCUGGAACGCAUGAAAUGGGUGAACAGCGGGGAGGUGUCGUAUAUCCAGAAUGUAUUUGAGCUCGUAGCGGGCGAUUAUGUCGACCAGGCUGAGUUCUGUGUCAUUGCGGCACUUGCGGAACGGGUUACGUUCUUGGAUACGCGGCUCCGUCAAAGUUUCGGUCAGACGGACUUCAAAAAGCUGGAGAAGAAUAUCAAGCAGUACAGGCACCUCUUCCAACUGAACGCCAACGAAGAAUCCACCCUAACCUACGACGACAUCAAAAUCCUCCUCCUCUCCACAGGCCUCCCACCCCAAUCCGUCGACAGCGUCGCAUCUCUCCUCAACCUCGCACCCACAAAGGAGGCCGCAGCAGGGACCACCAAGAAGACCAGCGUCGGGUUCCUCGAUUUCCUGACCUACGUGCCGUUCUUUGUCAUGCUGCAUGACCGUAUUGUCGAUGACCCGUUUAAGGAGCAUCUGAAGGGGGAUCAACAGGAUGCUGGGGAUGUUGUGAGGGAGCUGUUGGAGGAGAUGAGGAAGGGAAAUGGGGGGUCGACUGGGGCGUGAUGAACGAGGAAUGUGGGAUGGCACCAUUCUAUUGCUUUGAUGUAUCGAAUUGCUGCGUAGAAGCAUGUAUAUGCGAUUAUCCGACAUGGGAUGGUAGCCAGAUUCAGAAUGUCGUUCCCAUCCGCAUGGACCCCUCGCUGCCUAGUCGACUUCUGCCUCACUAGCGUAAA